AUGGCUUAUGGCCAGAAGAAUUUGAUUUUUGCGAAGUAUGGACCAUAUUGGCGUAACAUACGCAAAUUGUGCACCGUGCACCUUUUGAGUAGUCAUAAGAUCAAUUCAUUUCAGUCCAUGAGAAAGCAACAAGUUCAACUUCUGAUUGAUUCACUUAAAAGGGAAGCUCAUGAUCGCAUUGUUGUUGAUCUUAGUGCAAAGAUUACGUCCUUGAAUGCCAACUUGACUUGCCUAAUGGUAUUUGGAAAGAAGUACAUGGAUGAGGACUUGGAUAAAAGGGGAUUCAAAGCUGUAGUCCAAGAUGUUGUGCAUUUAGCUGCAACACCAAAUCUUGGAGAUUUUUUCCCCUUUCUUGGUGUUAUUGAUCUCCAAGGGCUCACUCGCAAGCUCAAAGAUCUUUCAAAGGUGUUUGAUGAGUUUCUUGAGAAGAUUAUUGAUGAACAUGUUCAGUCUCAUGACCAGAAACAAACCAAGGAUUUUGUCGACACAAUGAUGGAGAUUAUGCAAUCAGGAGAAGCAGAGUUUCAGUUUGACCGUCGACAUAUAAAAGCUAUCCUCUUGGACAUGCUUAUGGCUGCAAUGGACACUUCAGCAACAUCAGUAGAAUGGAUAUUGACAGAGCUUCUUAGGCACCCUAAUGUGAUGAAGAAACUCCAAAAAGAGUUAGAUGAAGUGGUAGGAAUUGAAAGGAUGGUAGAAGAAUCAGACUUGGAGAAUUUGAAGUACUUAGACAUGGUUGUAAAAGAGGGCCUGAGGCUGCAUUCCGUAGUGCCAAUAAUGCAUCAUGAGGCCAUGGAAGAUUGUGUCGUCGAUGGCUUCCACAUACAAAAGGGAUCCAGAAUCAUGAUUAAUUGUUAUGCAGUUCAGAGGGAUCCAAAUGUUUGGCCAGAGCCUGAAAAGUUUUUCCCUGAGAGAUUUGUUGGGAGCAGCGUAGAUAUUCGUGGACGUGAUUUUCAACUUUUACCAUUUGGCUCUGGUAGAAGAAGCUGCCCCGGAAUGCAGUUGGGGGUUACCAUUGUUCGCCUUGUGGUUGCACAAUUGGUGCAUUGCUUUGAUUGGGAGAUUCCAAAUGGUAUGCAGCCUCUUGAUUUAGAAAUUGACGAGCAGUUUGGGUUAGUAACAUGCAAAGAAAAGCCUUUGAUGGCUAUUCCUACUUAUAGACUAAAGGAAGAUGCAAAUACAUUGCAGAUGUAAGAGAACUAGUCUCUCUAAGCUACUGAUAAUAUUACACAAGCGUAAUCUAAAGUUCUCCUCAGUAUUGUGAUUGUUGUAAAUUUCCCCAGUUAUUCAACAAAUACUAUAUUGACAGUACAUCUAUGCCUAAUCAUAUUGGAAUUC